ACUUUUCAGUCCCUAUUUGGAACUGCUCUCGCGGCAGUUCAGACCUCGUGCUUGUCCCCCUAGCCUCUGUCUGUGUGUGGUAUCCGCAAGGUCCGGGGCACUUUUUUUUUUUUUGCUGUGAGUGUAUGUACGUGUGUAUGAGUGUGUGUUUUGGGGGUUAGUAAAGGAAAGAGUAAAGGAGAGGGACCGAGUGGAAAGCCACAGAGCUCUCUUGUCUUGCUGGGUCUUUCCUCUUGAGCGUCUCCCCCUUGCCCGUACUCGGAGGCAGCAGCAAGAGGGCUUUCUUGUCUUCGGGAUUUGCUAUUCCCUGGCUUUGAGGAGAGCGAAUUUCUCCCCGGAGCGAACCCUGGCUAGUUCCUUCCUGCGCCUGGUGGAGUUAAGAUGCCAAGCAAUUGAAUCGAAUCUACUUAGAAGCGGCUUUUCUCCAGCUCCGGGAAGGGAAUCGAAGCCACAGUCAUCGCGGAGGAGCAGCUGGGUUCUCCGAAGGGGGCGGUGGAGGAGGGGGGUUGGUCAAACCGCCUGAGCUGAGCUCCUGUCCUCACUCUUCGGCACUCUCACCGCCUCAACUCGCCACCUUGGUCCUUCCUAAUUCAUCCUUUCUCCUCCGGGAGGGUUUUCUUCGGAGCCAGCCCGAAACCCGGCUACAUUGGGGAUCUUCUGAGCGCUCCAGUUGGUGGACCUGUCUGGUCGUGGCCCCCUCCCAGCCCGGCGGCGGUGAUUCGGAGGAGAAGGGGUAGGGGAGGUCAGUAGUAGCUGCAUCCACGGGUCUUGGGACUCCAACGCAGGACACCGCACCCUCCCCCGGUGAAUCCGCGGGGAGGACAAGGAUGUCUACGAACCCCCCGAGUCUGACUCCCUCUUCGCACUCGAGGGAAACCGGCCGGCUGCUGGCAGCAGAGCCCUAGCUAGACAAAGACAAGAAGACCCCCUGUUCCCCACCCCCAGCAAGCUCGGCCUCCCCAUUCGCUUUCUCGAAGGACUUUUUUUUCCUUAAUUUUUCCUUGGCUCUUUGUUUCUACUUGAGUCUGGUCCCGGAGCCUGGGAUAUUGUUUCGAGUGUGGGGUGGGGGGGGGGGCGGGGGAAACGACUCAAUUUCCCUGCCGCCCCCUGGUCCGGCUCUCCCCACCCCCCUCUCCCUCACCUCCCUGGGUCCAGGUCUCUGUGAUUCAACCUACUCUCGCAGAAUCACGACCCCUCCCUGCGAUGUAUCCGCAAGGCAGACAUCCGGCUCCCCAUCAACCCGGGCAGCCGGGAUUUAAAUUUACUGUGGCCGAGUCCUGUGAUCGAAUCAAAGACGAAUUCCAGUUUUUACAAGCUCAGUAUCACAGUCUCAAAGUGGAGUACGACAAGCUGGCCAACGAGAAGACAGAAAUGCAGCGCCAUUAUGUUAUGUACUAUGAAAUGUCCUAUGGUCUGAACAUUGAAAUGCACAAACAGACAGAGAUUGCUAAGAGACUGAACACAAUUUUAGCUCAGAUCAUGCCUUUUCUGUCACAAGAGCACCAACAACAAGUUGCACAGGCUGUGGAACGAGCCAAGCAGGUGACCAUGACGGAGUUGAAUGCCAUCAUCGGGGUACGUGGACUCCCCAAUCUGCCUCUCACCCAGCAGCAGCUCCAGGCCCAGCACCUCUCCCAUGCCACUCAUGGCCCCCCUGUCCAGUUGCCGCCUCACCCUUCGGGCCUCCAGCCACCAGGCAUCCCUCCAGUCACAGGAAGCAGCUCAGGGCUUCUAGCGCUUGGUGCCCUUGGCAGUCAGGCCCACUUGACUGUGAAAGAUGAGAAAAACCAUCACGAACUGGAUCAUCGAGGUAACAGUUUCUUCAAAGGACAAGGACCUCCUAUUAUUUCCAAAUUCUUCACAGAAUCUAGCAUGAUGCUGGGUAUGCAGAAGAGAGAAUCCAGCGCAAAUAACUCUGUGUCUCCUUCUGAAAGCUUGAGGGCUAGUGAGAAACAUCGAAGUUCCACUGAUUAUGGCAUCGACUCCAAGAAGAGGAAAGCAGAAGAAAAAGACAGCAUGAGUCGAUAUGAUAGUGAUGGUGACAAGAGUGAUGACCUUGUGGUAGAUGUAUCUAAUGAGGAUCCAGCCACACCCCGGGUCAGUCCAGCCCACUCCCCUCCUGAAAACGGGAUAGAUAAAACCCGAGGACUGAAAAAGGAUGCUCCUAAUAGCCCUGCCUCAGUCGCUUCCUCCAGUAGCACUCCUUCUUCUAAGACAAAAGAUCUUGGUCACAAUGACAAAUCCUCUACCCCUGGUCUCAAAUCAAACACACCAACUCCAAGGAAUGAUGCCCCAACUCCUGGAACAAGCACGACUCCAGGGCUCCGAUCAAUGCCUGGCAAACCAGCUGGCAUGGAUCCCCUAGCAUCCACUCUCCGGGCUCCCAUCUCAAUCGGCUCCUACGCUACUCCAUUUGCUAUGAUGGGCCAUCAUGAGAUGAAUGGCUCGCUCACCAGCCCAGGGGCCUAUGCAAGCCUACACAACAUCCCUCCUCAGAUGAGCGCCGCCGCUGCCGCUGCCGCUGCCUAUGGUCGAUCACCAAUGGUGAGCUUUGGAGCUGUUGGUUUUGACCCCCACCCUCCGAUGAGGGCCACUGGACUGCCCUCAAGCCUUGCUUCCAUUCCUGGAGGAAAACCGGCUUAUUCCUUUCAUGUAAGUGCUGAUGGCCAGAUGCAGCCAGUUCCCUUUCCCCAUGAUGCACUGGCAGGGCCUGGGAUUCCUCGGCAUGCGCGACAGAUCAACACGCUAAGUCACGGGGAAGUGGUAUGUGCUGUGACCAUCAGCAACCCUACCCGGCAUGUCUACACUGGAGGCAAAGGAUGUGUGAAAAUCUGGGACAUCAGUCAACCAGGAAGCAAAAGCCCCAUUUCUCAGCUUGACUGCUUGAACCGAGAUAACUACAUCCGCUCCUGUAAGCUCCUUCCCGAUGGUCGCACACUCAUUGUGGGUGGUGAAGCCAGCACGCUGACCAUCUGGGACCUGGCAUCCCCAACACCUAGAAUCAAAGCUGAACUGACAUCCUCUGCCCCUGCCUGCUAUGCCCUGGCCAUCAGCCCUGAUGCCAAAGUUUGUUUUUCCUGUUGCAGUGAUGGGAAUAUUGCUGUUUGGGACCUUCACAACCAAACCCUGGUCAGGCAAUUUCAGGGCCACACAGAUGGCGCCAGCUGUAUAGAUAUUUCCCAUGAUGGCACCAAGUUGUGGACGGGUGGUUUAGAUAAUACAGUCCGAUCCUGGGACCUGAGGGAAGGCAGACAGCUACAGCAACAUGAUUUCACUUCUCAGAUUUUCUCCUUAGGUUACUGCCCCACUGGGGAGUGGCUGGCUGUGGGCAUGGAGAGCAGCAAUGUAGAAGUGUUGCAUCACACCAAACCAGAUAAAUAUCAGCUACACCUACACGAGAGCUGUGUGCUCUCCUUGAAAUUUGCCUACUGUGGCAAGUGGUUCGUGAGCACUGGGAAAGACAAUCUUCUCAAUGCUUGGAGAACACCGUAUGGUGCUAGCAUAUUCCAGUCUAAAGAAUCCUCCUCUGUCUUGAGUUGUGACAUUUCAGCGGAUGACAAAUACAUUGUAACAGGCUCUGGUGACAAGAAGGCCACAGUUUAUGAGGUCAUCUACUAAACAAGGAUUCUAACAGGGCUGUCAAACUCUGGGAAAAACAGACCCCAGCUCUGACAAUACAAAGGGCAAGGACCCACUGAAGGAUGUCGGGAGAAUGAAGCGUAGGCAGCCAUGCAUUCAGAGCCUCUUUUUCUGGCAAGCCGAGAGGGGAUGUGCAACGUCAUAGUCUGGGACUAAUGUGCAUGGAUUGAUACGUUUCAGCAACUUGGAUAGAUUUUUUUUUUCUCCCCCACCUCUCUUCAAAACCCUGGCAGAUGAUGCAAAUGGAUUUAUUUGGAUGUUUUCAGCUCCUGCACCCAAGGAAACCCUCACAAAUCAUGCCUUCUUUCACUUUCUUUUUAUUCGGCUCUCAUUUGUCUAAGCUUCAGUGGCACUGUAGUGGAUGGCGCUUUUCCUUUUUUUUUUUUGAGGGAAUGGUUUCCUCCCUCUUCCCUAAUUGUGCAGUGCACGAGACUUGUGAAAAAUGUAAAUAAUGGACAAAUAAAUAAGACUGGACGAGAGGGGGGAAAAGGAAGAGACUCCUUCCUACCGGGUACACUAGCUGUGUAUUUUGUCUGCUGUAAUUGUAAUCCACUGAUGGUGGUGGCUUUUUUUUUUUUCCAAAAGAAGUUCCUAUCUGGGAGGGAGGAAGGGGGGAGGGGUCGUGGGAGCAAGGGGUUGGGGGUGGGGAAUGGGACCAGUUGAGGAGGAAAAAAAAACCCUUUUUGGACCCACAGCUGGUAACCAGAUUGAACAAAAGGCAUCUACUGGUCAGCAUUGUUCCUCCUGUUGUACAUGUGAAUUGUUCGGUGUGUGAGUCAAAUGUUUGAACACUGUAUGGGCUGACAGGAUGUGGGUCAGAAUGCCAGCUACCAAUAGAGCAUCAGCAGAAACAAUCCGAUUUUCUCUGGAUUUGUUCUUUUUUUCUUUCUUUCUCUUUUUUUUUUUGGAUGUUUUGGAGAUACUAGAAAGUCCUAGUAAACUCUUGCUCCAGCCCCUUUAAAUCUUUGGAUACAGCCUAUAAAAAGAAUAAAGCAAAGAAAGCAUAGCAAACUCAGCUCAGGGAGCUACCAGAGAAAAUAGCAACUAAUGUGUGUUUUUUUCUUUAUUAUUUUUUUUUGUAUUUGAAUAAAAAUCAAGAAUUAGAAUGGAUGGUCUUUUUAAUGGCAUCUUCUUACCCUCUCCCAUCCACUGUUCUUUCUUCCACUUCUCAAGGGGUGGGGGGGAGUUUAUUGGCCUCUGGGGUUAUAUAUGGAAGGGUCACUUUCCCUUUGGUCAAAAUAGGCUCCUGUCAGUUGGUCACUUUUGUUAUUGGCUUCAACAGAUUGAAAUUGGAAACAGCCUGAUUGAAGCCUACCUGUUACCGCUUUUUGUAACAAGGGGUUUGGGUUGUUUUUCAUUUUUAUUUUGAUUCUUUUUUUUUUAAAGAAGAUGAAGCUAAUGGCCAUUGUGAGUCCUUGUGUAGAGGAUGGGCUCAGUGAUGUAGCAUAUGGAAGAGAAUUUUUAUACUACAUUUUUAUGGAUUAUUUUUUAAUUUUUGAUUCAAUCUGGUCAAAAGGAACUAGGGGGUGGGGUCUGAUGAAAACUACCUGUCUUAAAAGUUCUUUCUAGGGCAAAACAUUCUAUAUAUAAUAAAAAGGAUAAAGAGGUGGGUGUUAUGUACCUUUCUCUGUUGGGGCGAGGGGGCUAUUCUUUCUGCGCCUCUGUAUCUCAAAUGUUUAGCCAUUGCCUCUUGCUAUAGUGUUUGCCAUGAGGGAGGGAAGAGAAUGGAAAGGACUUGACUCUAACAAAAAAAAAGAAGAAAAAAUAAGUAAUUGUAAUGAGCUGUUUUUAUAUUUUUAAAAGUCUAAUAUUUAAA